AUGGGUAUUCCAAAAUUUUUCCGAUUCCUGCGGGAGCGCUACCCAGCUAUAGAGGAGCCGGUCGACGCGCAUAACAAACCGCAGUUCGAUAACUUUUAUGUCGACAUGAACGGCCUUAUCCAUCAGGCGGCACAGAAAGUGAUCGCAGAGACGGAAGCUGCGAAAGUCGAGGAGCGUAUCGAACACCGUAUGGCCAGUCGUGCGCAGGCCUUAUCCUCCAUUCCCGGCACUGGCAGCAGGAGGAGUGCGAGUGACGCUCACGAUGAAAAGGGAAACUCUACUGCGGGCAAUGUCAAACAACCGAUGGAUAAUCAUAAUGCAGCUACCGAUUCGUCCUACUCUGCGACGAGGACUGGGACGGACUUCGAGAGUGCAAGUCAGUCUUCCUCUGUUCCAGCUGAGCAUAGUCGCAUCUACUGGGAAACUUGCAAUACUGUUGAUAUGCUUGUGCACCUUGUGCGACCACGCGCAGUCCUUUUUCUCGCAGUGGAUGGUGUUGCGCCCGCAGCCAAGAUGAGCCAGCAGAGGGAGCGUCGCUAUCGCAACGCGUGGGAACGUAAUGCCAAACUAGGUCAAUCGGAGCGCAAUAAUGUCCUUCAACCAACGGACGAGCAGACAUCUUCAAGAAUGCCGCCUACUUGCUCGAAAACGAACGACGGCCCGGGUCAAGAAGAUGCAUCUUCGAUCCCUUUCGAUUCAAAUUGGAUCACACCUGGCACGCCUUUUUUACACGAGUUCGGGCGGUACCUGGAGCACUUCGUCCAGGUGAAGUGCUCGGAAGAUCCAGUCUAUCAGCACUUGGAUGUCAUCGUUUCCACAGCCCAACAGCCUGGUGAGGGAGAACACAAGUUGGCGGAUUUCAUACGCCAGGAAAAGCGGAUUCGAUUGCGAAAAAGCAAGGAAAUGCAAGAGAAGUGUGCUGGGCGUAUAGACGGCGCAUCCCCGUCGGCGAACGCGGGACGACCUCGCAGCACUUCAUCAGCUGCAAGUAACGUGGUGACAUCAACGCCGCAAGAUGCCAAUGCAAUACUGCCACAAGACGAGAGAUCUCCGAGUCACUGCAUGUAUGGUCUCGACGCAGACCUGAUUAUGCUGGCCUUGAUGUCGCACGAGCCAAAAUUUUCUUUGCUGCGUGAGCACCUGCACUUUGAUAAAGGAGAAAUCACUGAGUGGGAUCCCAAGUGGCGACUUCGGAGUGCCCAGAACCACUACGUCUUUGUCCAUAUCGGUUUGCUCCGUGAGUACUUACAUUUCGAAUUCUCUCCUGAGCACGCUGAGGACCGCGACGUGCUUAGCGGACUCUUGGACGGGUCGUUACACCGGAUUCCCGAAAGGUAUGGUCGUCGCAAGCGGAAAACGGAAGAAGAAUCUCUCGAACGCAGAGAGCAAGGAGAUUUUAUGACAGAAAGCGCUGUAACUGUUUCGGAUACGCAAGUUUACCCUGGAAAUGACGAAAAGCGAGUUCUUGCUGCGCCGCAGAGUACUACAACGCACAGCGUACUGGGCACUCAAGCUGGUAGAGGAUCCACACCCAUGAGGAGCGAGUUGGAGGAUAGCGUCGGGACAAGAACAACGGUCGCCGCAGGAAAGGGAGAAAAGCGAGUAAUGGUCAUGUCAAGGCGGGGACCUGAAAGCGAACUACAGAGCGAGAACAGCCAAAUCACAGCGAUGGGGCCAAGUUCUGAAACCCGGCAGCAAGUCGAGAGUGGACUGUCGAAUGUUGAACUUGGCAGUGAACCGGGAAGCAUGGCGUCGGUGCAAUUACCUCCUCGGGAGCCACCUGGAUUGGAGCGGAACGAGACGCUUCGCGAAGACGAACGAACACGAGAUGUGCUCGCGGCACCCUCAAUGGCGACUGUGACGGUCCUGAAGCGAAAGCCUGGGGAACUUUUUUCCGGUCCCAAAAUUCUUCAACGUAUGCAAAACCCUGAAAUAAAGACUUCACCUUCACAAGCGGAAGAACAGCGGGGAGGCUCGUCCACUAGCCAGACCGCGUCAACGGUUGUUGGUAAUCGGACGGUCAGCCCUGGCAUCGCGAGACACACCAUGGAUUUGAAAGAUGAUGUUGGGGAUACCUCUCGUUUUCGGGAGAAGUCGGAUACUUCGCAGGAGCAAGCCUCUCCCGCGUACAACCUUGAACGUGUAAUCGAUGACUUCAUACUGUUGAACAUGCUCAUCGGGAAUGAUUUUAUGCCGGCGGUGCCUUUCGUCGACGUACACGAGGGCAAUCUGGGGGAAUUUUUCCACCUUUACCGGACCUACCUUCGCAAGGCACUCCGGAGAGCCGACGCUAUGCAAGUGAGAAAAUUAAGGCAGCAGAGAGAGGUGGAACAACUAAGUUUAGAUAGCUCAAUUAGACCUGCGACGAAGAAGUCCACUCCUGGCAUGUCUCGAGCUCUCGUCAAACUGCCCGGACGGCAUCAAAAAGUCAAUUUGCGCGCUGCCGGUGAAGCAGACGAAAAUUCAAAGUCCACGCCAACUGGAAGGGGCGGCGUAGAGGAGGGCGAUAGCGAUUGGGACCCAUAUCUGACCUACGACUGCGGAAACGUGAAUUGGCGCAAUUUCCGGAAGUUUAUGUCGCUUUUGGCGGUGAACGAACGCACGCGCAUAGAGCAGAAAGUAGAGGCCAGCGACAUCACCUUCGGCGUAUGCAAGGAUCUCGUGGCGGUUUCACAGCGUAGCGGGGGUAAGCAGGGAGUGCAAGGGCGGAAUGUGGUGCGACCGCAGAGCUUUGCGGAAUGUAGAGCACUGCACUACCGCACGAAGCUAGGGCUUUCAGGCGACUUUGAUAGAGACGGAGGGGACAAGAGCGCUCAUCUUGAGGACCAACGAGACGGCGCUUUUCAAUCUGCUGGGCUCGACGGCGUUUGCCGCAGUUACUGCGAAGUGCUACUUUGGUCUUUGAAGUACUAUUUUCGUGGUGUGACAGAGUGCGGAUGGAGUUACUGCUAUCCGCACCACUACGCGCCGUUGCUCUGCGACUUGGCGUCAUGCAGCUUUCUCCGUGGGGACGGGGUGCGUGACAUGAGGUUCCAUAUUGGUUCACCCGUCGAGCCUUUUGAGCAACUCAUCCGUGUCUUACCC